GCAAUUCAACUGCUCAACUCGCUUCAGAGUAAUGCCAAUGUACUGGACGCAAUUCGCAAGUCUGGCAAUCUGAUCAACACCCAGUCACUGCCCGAGUUCCGCAACUAUGUGAUGCGUAUAGGAUACACUGCCAAGGAUUUUGAUAAACUGGCCAUCAUCCAUAUUGCUGGCACCAAAGGCAAAGGAUCUACUUCCGCUUUUUGCGAUUCUAUUCUUCGCCAAACUCGAAUUGCUAAUAGCGAUGGAACCAUUCGGCCACUUAAAACUGGCAUGUAUACCUCGCCCCACUUACAGGAAGUUCGCGAGCGUAUCCGCAUUAAUGGUGCACCAGUAACAAAGGAACAGUUUGCCAAACACUUUUUUAGUGUGUGGGAUAAAUUGGAGCAGACAAAGCCAGCAGUUAUUGAUCAGAAACAUUCUGAUAAGCCAUUUUACUUCCGCUACCUCACACUCAUGUCGUUUGAACUAUUUUUAGAAGAAAACGUGGAUGUUGUUAUUCUCGAAGUUGGUGUUGGUGGCGAGUUUGACUCCACCAACGUAAUUGAAAAACCUGUAGUGUGUGGUAUUUCCUCGCUGGGUUAUGAUCAUGUUGCCAUUCUUGGAAAUACAAUUGAAAAAAUCGCUUGGCAUAAAGCUGGUAUAAUCAAGCCGGGAUCUCCUGUUGUUACUUCUCCUCAGUUGCCAGAUGCAAUGACUACUAUCAAGAAGCGCGCCGAGGAACUCAAGGUAAUGUCCAUCAAUGAACUCGAGAACAUCAAACUGGGACUUCAUGGAUCACACCAGCGCACCAAUGGUGCUCUUGCCCGUGAAAUCUGCAAGCAAUGGAUCUCAUCUCGUGAGGCUUCAGGACUUGUUUUCAAAAACGAUCCAGACUAUAUUACACAUGGUCUCGAGUCUGCCUCAUGGCCUGGUCGCUGUCAGCGCAUCCAGUCUGCCGAGUUCAAAGAUAUUGAAUGGUUUGUUGAUGGUGCACACACACCCGAGUCGCUACAGGUGUGCGCUGACUGGUUUAAAACUAUCGUUUUGGAAAGUACCGACGCUCAUCUUCCUACGUACCUUGUAUUUAAUUGUACGCACGGACGUGAUCCUUCUCUCCUUCUUCUUCCUUUAGUCAAGGUAUUUCAAACAUCCAGCACUUUGAAAGGCGUGGUAUUUUGUACCAACGACCCCUUUUCUCCAUCGAGUGUUGCUGCUGGUGCAGGAUCGUCAGAUCUGACCAAUAACAUGGUCCAUGCUGAUCCAGAACACAAAGUACAGCAGGAUUUGGCUAGAGCAUGGGCUGCACUCGCAAAGGAAUCCUCCUUGCCAGAAGUUCCGAUUACUGUCAUGGACUCGGUUGAAUCUGCUGCCAAGUUUAUUUCUACUGAUAGAACUGGCAAAAAGCAGGUGUUGGUUACUGGCAGCUUGCAUCUUGUUGGUAGCGUGAUGACUCUGCUGCAUGCCGAAGUUGUUUAG